AGAAAAUACUCUCACGUUCAUCAAAGUCCAAGCAUAAAAACCCAUAGACUUUCACCUGGAAAACCCACACCUGAUCAUUUCAUUCCAGUUUGCUAUAGACUAAAAAAUCAGUUUCCCAGUGUUUCCUCAUUGCUAAGCAUCAUGAAAGUUAUAAUCUUGGCCCUGUGUUUCUUGGCUGUGACUGCAACUGAGACAUCAGAACCAACUACUGAAGAGACCACUACAGCUACUCAGAAAACCACCCAGCAGGAAUCAUUGUCUGAGGAUGCCCUGCAGAAGUUGGCAGUGGAGUUUGUGAGCUGGCUGAAGCAGAGAAAGAAUGGCCAUGGGGUUGUGCAACAGAAAACUGCAUGGUUUGACAGGGAUGGCAAGGCUCAUCUGCAAGAGACCCAUUCAGUUUUCAAGAGAGAGGCUUGCAGCAGGUGUUCCAGAAGGAGAGGUGGCUGCAAAAGCUGUGGAAGGAGGGGCUGAAGCUGAUUCAAACUCCACCAUGGACCACUUUAGACAAUGCUCUCAAUCUAUGUCUUGAGCUUGACCCAAUAAACUCAUCCUCUUUCUCCCA